AGCCCUCUCAUUUCUUCGCAUCUUCAACAUUAAUGGCGCGUUGAACGAACAUAUUGAAUGGCUCAUUAUAUAUACAAAUGUUGCUAGUGUUAACGCGCACAAUGUUGCUUUGCUGCAGCAAUGCAGAACCAUCAUCAAGAUGCGCUUUUUGAUAAUAAUAAAUAUUAUUUUCCACCCGAUACUAUAGUCGCCCAAAAGCAGCCACUCGCCGACCGGGACGAUGCGGGAUUACACGACGCUCAUAAAUACGCAGAUGUUACUCCAGGAGGAUUGCGCAACGGCGCAUCAUCGCAAGGGACGCGGGCCGUCCAUUCUAUAGGAUUACAGCAGCUUGCGUCGCCACAACUUCGAAUUCAAUCACAGCCACCACAAUAUGAAGGACCCGAGCCAAACGCAAGCCAAACUUAUGGACAAUCGUCCCAGACUCUCCCAUUAUCGCAAAUUUCUAGCUAUUACAACGGUAACAAUCCGACAUACGAUCCUCAACCGAUCCCAUCGAAUACCAAAGACCAGCAACUUGGGUCUCAUGCGCCUACCAACCCCUGCUCAUCCUGGGUCAGUAAAGAUAUUAAAGUUAAGCGCUGGAUAAUAUGGGCUAUCAGCGGCGCUUUGAUAUUAAUCAUUGGCGUGGGGGCUAUUAUAGGCGGUAUCAUAGGAGCUCGAGCAGAAAAAGCAAAGCAUGCUCCCGUGGGCAACCCCAGCAAUAUACCAACUGUUUCGAACACAACUUCCUCUAAUACGCCGCAGACGACAUCCACUCCAAGUGUUAGGCUAGGUUCUAGGCUGGCAGUCACUGGAUAUCGGAACGCGACGGACUACAGCAUCCGUCUAUUCUACCAAGACGAGGACAAUCAAUUACAAUUCAUCGAUAAGGAGGGUGCAAGCGUUAAUUGGUCCAAGCCAACAGUGUUAAACUUGCCAUACGAACCUAUUGAAAACGGCACUAUUACUGCUGGUUCGGAUGUAUUGGAUGAUGAUGUGCCGAAAAUAGUAUUCUUCUAUGAGGAUAAGGACGGCAUUAUUCGUGGCCAGAACUUUAACUUCGAAUUUGAGAACGGAUCAAUUCCGGUGAAUGGGGAGCCUGGAAGCAUCAACACGUAUCCGCUCCAGAUAGCUGGAAAUAGCCGUAUAUCGAGUUAUUUCCCAUACUUGGUUUCGCAAGAUGCCGACAAUUCGAUACGUUGGUCUACGAUGAUUGGACAGAAUGGUAGUGAUGAUUCUGCUCCUUGGUGGGUGAACAGUACGGGUUGGAAUGGGAACGUCAAGGCAUCUAAAGCCGGUGGCGUCGUCGCUCUUCCCAUCGCCCAAAACUAUACGAAUGCUGGCGGCAUUGUAUACCGAAGUAACGAAGGCAUGCUGUCAGUCAAGAUCCAUGACGAAUCCGCGGAAAGUAAUGCAGGAGUAUCUUGGAAAAAGGGGGCUUUAUCAAAAGAAAUACCCGCCAAUUCUCCUAUCGGCGCAUUUGCCGUUGGCCGACCUUAUGACAGCGACAAUCAGAUCAACACAUACAUACUGUAUAUCGACAACAAUGGACUUAUACAGAUGGUGUGGCAGGACGACGAUAAUUGGCAGGGUCCCGAGACAUUUGACGUGCUAGGUUCCGCUAGGAAUGGAACAGAUAUUGCUUGUCUGACUCCCGGGUCCGACGAGGCCGUAAGCGCGGGGAUAUCUAAGUAUCAAGACAUGAACAGAUGUUUCUACCAAACUAGUUUCGGAAUUAAGGAAGUUUGGUUCGACGGUGCUAACUGGCAUGAUGAAGGUAUUGUGGUAGUAUAACAUGAUAAGAAACUCUAGGCAUCGUCCAUCUCAUGAAUAAAAAGAAAUAUGAUUCUAUAAUGCAAA